AUGUUUGAAGUGCUGAUUUGCAUCCUGGCCGUGCAGGGGGCGCACUCCGUCUGCGUGGUGCCUGCAGCUAUUUGCCCAGAAGACACAGCGGUGCAGGCCCAGAUCGUCGGGCGCCACAAUGCCUUCCGGAGAGCGGUGCAGCCGACGGCCUCCAACAUGCUGCUCAUGAGCUACAGUGAGGAGAUAGCAGCCAGCGCUCAGGCCUGGGUGGACAAGUGCAUCGUGGCCCACGGAGCACCCAGCACCCGCUUGCUCGAUGGGUAUGACAUGGGGGAGAACAUGUUCUAUUCAUUUGGACCCGACUCGUGGACGAAGGCCGUCGACACGUGGCACAGAGAGGGGUCGCACUUCCUGUACCCCAACGGCUCCAGCAACAGUCAAACCAUCGGCCACUACACGCAGGUGGUGUGGAACAGCUCCUACAAAAUUGGCUGUGGGGUGGCGAUGUGCCCCAACAACAUCUAUUUAUACAGUUGCCAAUAUUUCCGCGCAGGAAACUUCAGGGGGUGGAUCCCUUACAAGGCCGGGCCCUCGUGCGCUUCCUGUCCCAAUCACUGUGAAGACAAACUCUGCACCAACCCCUGUCCUUACAUCAACAAAUACAUCAACUGUCCCACCCUGAAAGCCAUGACUGGAUGCAGCAAUGCUCUGGUGUACGCAUGGUGUCCUGCUUCCUGCAGAUGCACCGAUGAAAUCAUCCCGAUCGCCUGAAGAGGAGCCGCCGAGUCUGCAGACUCCUCACAUGUGUGUGUGGCGCAAGCGACUGAGCUCAUAAUCACAGACUCACUAGCAACGAGCACGCGUCUGGGAAGAAAUAGGGCUUAUAUUCUGAUUACCUCAUGUUUUAGUGGCUGUUAUGGGAGUGUUUUUAAAUAUAUACAUAAUAAUAUGUAUCUCGAAUCAAAACGCCCAUGGGGCGCUUCAUCAGUUGUGUGACCUUGUCCUAUCCCACAUGAUGUUAUUAAUGGAAUAAAGUAAGUAAGGGUUA